GCCCUCCCUGGGCCGGCCGCGGCCGCCGGGGGCCGCCGCCGCUGUCGCCGUGUGAUGAGAGCAUCAGCCCUCACUGCCACGUCUCCCGGGUAGCCGGCGCUGUGCAGGGCCGCGCCGGGGCGCCGAGGCCGGACCCGCCCGCCUGCCUCCUCUUCUCCUCCUGUCCCUUGCCCUGCUCCUGCCCCGCCGCGGGGCCGCGGCGAGGUGGGUCUGCCCUGCGGGAGGAGGGACGCUCCGCGGGGCUCCCACCGCCGCAGCCUCCUUCUCCCCGGGCGGUCCGGGGCUCGCCGCCGGGCCGCUGCCGCCGGAGGGAACCCCGCUGCCGGCUGAUGUCCGAGCCGCGCCGCCGCCCGCGCUUGGAUGUAUUUGGGAAGGCUUUUGAAUUGUUGUCUGGGUGUCGGGGCACAGCCUGCUGGAGGCACUGGAAGUGGACUGGUUCCUGGUCAUGCCCGGUGGAAGGAGGGGACCCAGCCGGCAGCAGCUAAGCCGUUCAGCUUUGCCUUCUCUCCAGACUCUGGUUGGCGGGAGCUGUGGAAACGGUACUGGUUUGAGAAACAGGAAUGGUAGUGCCAUCAGCCUGUCGGCACCUCCGAUCACAGCGCUGAUUACUCCAGAGCCUGUGCGUCACUGCCGGAUCCCUGAACUGCCAUUGGAUGGGAGCCUUCUCUUUGAAUUCCUGUUCUUCAUCUACCUUCUGGUAGCCCUCUUCAUUCAGUACAUCAACAUCUACAAGACUGUCUGGUGGUACCCAUACAAUCACCCUGCUUCCUGCACCUCACUGAAUUUUCACCUCAUUGACUACCACCUGGCGGCGUUCAUCACAGUGAUGCUGGCACGGAGGCUGGUGUGGGCCAUUAUCUCUGAGGCCUCUCAGGUGGGUGCAACAUCACUGAUGUGCUACAUGGUGCGCCUGGUGCUGCUCACCCUCUGUGGAUGGGUGCUCUGCUGGACUCUGGUCAACCUCUUCCGCAGCCAUUCUGUCCUCAACCUUCUCUUCCUGGGCUACCCGUUUGGUGUCUACGUCCCUCUGUGCUGCUUCCACCAGGACAGCAGAGCACAGCCUCUACCUGCAGACUGUGGUUACUUGGUACAGGACCAGGUGGCGGAUGAUGGGGCUUCAGCUGUCAGCAGCCUGGUCAAAGACUUCUUCUCGCUUCUGUGGGAAUCCCUGAGAGAACAGUUCAAUAAUCCUACGUCUAUCCCCACCCACAGCUGCCCCCUUUCCCCAGAUCUCAUCCGCAAUGAGGUGGAGUGCCUAAAAGCAGACUUCAAUCGCAGGAUCAAGGAAGUUCUCUUCAACUCUCUCUUCAGUGCCUACUAUGUGGCAUUCCUGCCAUUGUGCUUCGUGAAGAGCACCCAGUACUAUGACAUGCGCUGGUCCUGCGAGCACCUCAUCAUGGUGUGGAUCAAUGCCUUUGUCAUGCUCACCACGCAGCUGCUGCCUCCCAAGUACUGUGACCUGCUCCACAGGUCUGCCGCCCACCUCGGCAAGUGGCAGAAACUAGAACAUGGCUCCUACAGCAAUGCUCCACAGCACAUCUGGUCAGAAAACACAAUAUGGCCACAGGGAGUUCUUGUGCGACGGAGCCGGUGCCUGUAUAAAGCAGUUGGGCCUUACAACGUAGCAGUGCCUUCAGACGUGUCCCAUGCCCGCUUUUAUUUCCUCUUUCACCGUCCCUUACGGCUGCUCAACCUGCUGAUUCUCAUCGAAGGCAGUGUGGUCUGCUACCAGCUCUACUCCCUGCUGCGCUCAGAGAAGUGGAACCACACCCUCUCCAUGGCCCUCAUCCUUUUCUGCAAUUAUUAUGUCUUAUUUAAGCUCCUCCGGGACCGGAUAGUAUUAGGCAGGGCAUACUCCUACCCACUUAACAACUAUGGACUCAAGGCACACUAGGCUGGCCAGACGUGUACCCCUUCUCUUCCUCAUCCCACAGGGCAGGGAGGGAACCUCAGAAAAAAAAAUAUUUUCGUACAGUUCUAUUUUUUUCUUGCGACGUUUAUAAAUAUUUAAAAUAUUUUAUAUUUUGUAUACUAUUGUUUUUGUGGGGCGGGAAGGGAACCAGUGGCAAUUAAAUGUCGCUUUAUAAACAAGGUGUUAUUUUAUAUAUAUAUAUAUAUAUAUUAAAAAUCCAUGUGUAUAUACAGUAUAUCUAUACCCAUACAUAUAUCUAUGUGAAGCAA